CCCCCCCUCCUCCCAUCCCUCUCCUCUCUUCCCCCUGUGUCCCCUCUCAUCGUUUUGCCCAACCUGCCCCGUCUACCGGUGUUUCACCAUGCGACCGAUCUGGUUGACAGAUGCCUUGGCCCCAGCAACUUCGGCCCUGCCUCCGGGUCUUGAGGCUGAGGACUUCUGUGAUUACAUCUGGGAUAGUGCCCAAUCGGCGGUGGCAGCCGCAUCCCCAGGAGCCGAUCUCGCUGCCUGUGCCCGUGAAGCCAUUGUUCAGGCCAUGGAAACGCUAAGCCUCGAUUUGGCCUUGGCCGAGACCGUGAGCCAUGACAUUGUUUCCCGGCACUUUGGACCGCCAGAGAAGAGCCACCCCACGAACCGACCCCCCAGCCGACCACUUGCCACCGGGCCUGUGGAGGACUUUGUAGUUGUUCAUCAAAAGAACCCGAGGCAGCAGAAGACCUCCCGGCAUCACAAGGGCAUCUCGACUGCUGCCAAUGGGGCCGUCGACUCUCCGCCCUCCAGCCGGCGGACCAACAAGCGUCAACAGCGCUUCGAGGUAUUCGACGUGGGAAAUACCCAGAGCACGCAUGGUGCCAUCUCCCUGGAACAGGCAUCCCACUCGACCGAUAGCAUCUGUCGCUUCUACAUGUCCCCCACAGGCUGCGCGCGCGGGCAUCAUUGCUUUUAUCUGCACCUGCAACCAAACACCGAGAGCGUGAAGCUGGCCCUCAAUAUGCCGGCCGUGCCGCUGUCGAACUUCAUGGAUCCCGAAAGCAAGGAGAUCUCAUAUGACUGGCUGCUAAACCUGUCAGACGAUGAGUAUGGUGAAUUCGACGCCGGUGUUUUUGGUGGAUACUUCGACCCGGACGAUGAGCACGCCCCCACUGGCCACCUACAUGCUGAUGAUGAUGAUGAUUAUGAUGAUGAUGAUGAUGAUUACCCUGAUGAUCUUGAUGACUUCGACCUAGAGGGCGGUCUUCAUGAUGACAGGCAGGACGAACAGCGCAGCCACAUUGGAAGUCACCCAACAGGCACGGCGGGGGUGGACGAUGGCGAGCUGCUGGCGGCCGGUGCCGCAAAGCUGACCAUCCAACCGGAGCAGCUCCAGUGUCGGGAGUCAUUUCCUCCUCUGGCGGCUGGUGGGGCCUCGUCUGGGGCGGAGCAAGAUCCGAUUGAUGCGCAAUCCUUUGCCGCACUGAUCCAACGGAUUUUCGAUCAGCGAACUCUGCUCCGGAACUCGGCGCAACCGAUGGAACCCGCCACCGGCCGAUCGGCAUAUUCCUCGAUCGCGGCCGACUCUCGCCACGCCCAAGCUCGCCGUGUGGCCGCAGGCUCCAGGGAGAAUAUGACCUCGGCCGCCGGUCAGGCCCGAGUCCCGGGCACCAUCUCUGGUGGCGGCGCCCGGCGCACACGGCUCUCGGCCGAUGAGCUGGUUUCGCUUAUUCGUCUGCGUCGGCAUGAAGAUCGCAUCCCUCCCCCACCGGAGGAGACUCUCCGGUGGCGCGUCACCGGAAAGCCUCUGGAGGAGCAGUACAACAAGGAACGUCGAAAGGCCUUCGACCUGUUCCAAGCCUACCGUCGUCAGUCGGCCUCCAGCUCGCCAGCCCAUCGGAAGGCUGCCCAGGACCUGUUUUAUGAGGCGUCUGUGGCCCACUGGAAUGCGGCAGCCUCGUUGUUCGAGCAGCGCAACAGGGACCUGAUGAACACCGAAAUCCGGGUCGGCAGCUCGCCGGUGGUGGAUCUGCAUGGGCUCCACACAAACGAGGUCAUUUUCUAUCUGGACACCCUCAUUGGACGCCUGCAACGGCUGGCCAACCGCUCGGGUAAGCCGCACUAUAUGCACGUCAUCACCGGGACCGGGAACCAUUCGCGCAAUGCGGUGGAGGAGGCCCAUCGGCGCAUGGGCAAGGUCCAGUUGGCCACGAUGGAGUACCUCCACCAGAGAGGCCGCUAUUUCAAGGAUAACAGUGUCGACCAGCGGAUCGGCCUGCUUUCGAUCGAGGUUGAGCCGCGCGGGAAAGGCGAGGCCAAAUCCCUGUGAGACCCCCCCCCCAGCCCGCCGAGGGCAUCCUGUGAAUAAAAUCACGCCAUAUUUCACGGGACCACCGCGGGACACAUCACGGACCAUGAUGUUCCACCGGACAGCAACUCCCAGCUGAAGGCGUCGAUCGCUUAGUCACCCUUGAGCAUGGGUGGAUAUAAAUGAUUAUAUAAAAAG